UUUCGUAAAUCAAGUUUGCUUUUUACUUCCUUUCGAACCCGAAAUUUGUCAUUUUCAAAACGAAGUGGUCCUUGUUUAUAUGAAUUUCGAGAGGAACUAGGUUGCUAUGAAACAAACAUGGUUUGGUCUUGAUGACGAAAUUGAGUGACCUCUUAUUAGUUUUGAGAUUUCUAGGCUUUCAUCUCAGACAGUGAAAAAAUGAUAGAUAUAAGUACACUUAAUGCUGCACAGAUUACUGUGCUGGGAUCUGCCUUUUGUGCUAUGCUUUCCAUGCAUUUCACGUCGCAGUUACUGUCUCAGCAUCUCUUUUAUUGGAAGAAUCCGAAAGAGCAAAAGGCUAUUAUCAUUAUCAUCCUCAUGGCUCCAAUCUAUGCAGCUGUCUCCUUUGUGGGUCUCUUGGAUAUCAGAGGAAGCAAGGAGUUUUUCACCUUUUUGGAGUCAGUUAAAGAAUGUUAUGAAGCUUUGGUCAUUGCCAAGUUUUUGGCUUUGAUGUAUAGUUACCUUAACAUAUCCAUUAGUAGAAACAUUGUGCCAGAUGAAAUCAAAGGCAGGGAAAUUCACCACUCUUUUCCAAUGACACUUUUUCAGCCUCGUACUGUUCGGCUGAACCACCAUAAUUUGAAGCUUCUAAAAUAUUGGACAUGGCAGUUUGUUGUUGUCCGUCCAGUAUGUUCUGUUCUGAUGAUUGCAUUACAGCUAGUCGGGCUGUAUCCAACUUGGUUGAGCUGGGCAUUCACCAUCGUUCUCAACAUAUCUGUGUCGUUAGCCUUGUAUUCUCUGGUGGUCUUUUACCAUGUGUUUGCUAAAGAACUGGCACCACACAAACCUCUAGCUAAAUUCUUGUGCAUCAAAGGAAUUGUUUUCUUCUGCUUUUGGCAGGGAAUGUUGCUGGAGCUUUUAGCGGCAACUGGUGUCAUUCAAUCUCGCCAUUUGCGGUUAGAUGUGGAGCACAUUGAGGAAGCAAUGCAGAAUAUUUUGGUAUGUCUAGAGAUGGUUAUCUUUUCUGUUCUUCAACAGUAUGCUUAUCAUCCUGCACCAUAUAGUGGAGAAGUUGAGAAAAUGCUUAAACAAAACAAGAAAAAUGAAUGAUAUGAUAAGGUCAAAAGAAAAAUUCAGGGUACAGUCGUACAGAGAUGUAUUUAAGAGCUGUUUAUUGUGGCGCUAGUAGAUACUUGAAAGCAUUGAUGCAAAGUGGAUGUGUUCUUUUAAUAAUGUUAUUGUGCUGUACAAGAUUCCCCAUCCACCACCUCUGUAUCGUUUCCUUUUUGGUUGCUGUAAUUUCCAAGCCUACUAAAAGAGAUUAGUCUUUAUUAUAUUAUUAUUUGCUAUCUAGUAUAUCUACUAUCUAGCGUAUGGUCAUUUGCUUAGGAUGAUAGUUGUUUCUGGUUACUGUCUCAGAUACUUUUAUGGUUUGGAUUGCUCAAUAUACAUAAACUCAAACUUGAA